AAUUAGCUAACUUUAGCGACAGGUCAAUCUAUCUCCGUUCCGCCGUGAUGCUAACGAGCCGGUGCGUAUUCAUCACAGCGGUGCUGCAACUACUAAUCUCCUUCCUGGCGGUCGCCGGGGAACCACAAAUCGGGCUGCCCGGCUGCCAGACCCGCUGCGGCGACGUGAGCGUGUCGUACCCGUUCGGCAUGGGACCCAAGAAGUGCUACUGGCCGGGUUUGAAGCUCACCUGCGACGACCGAGGAAGCAAACCCCCGCGGCUGCUCCUCGGCGAUGGUGGCGCUGGUGCAUUCGAGGUUGUCGAGAUUUCCCUAGAGAAGCUCACGAUGCGCGUAGUCAGCCACAAACUACAAGCCAUCAACAUCAACAUGAGCAGCGGCGGCUCUGGCCGGUUGAGCCUCGGUUACACCUACACCGAGGCCAUCGGCGGGGCGCCGUACUUCCUGCAGCACCUGGCCAACGAGAUGAUCCUCACCGGGUGCAACGUGCAGGCGACACUGCGGUGGAAGGGAGAAAUCGUCAAUCGGUGCGCCUCCUUCUGCCCCAUAUUUACUGACGACAAUGGUAGUCCGCUCCCCGCCCAGUAUUUCGCCGCAGACUACAAUUCCAACAGCUGCUCCAACUUGGGCUGCUGCCAGUCGUCCAUCUUGUCCAGCAGCACGUCCUAUGAUGCCAAGAUAUCCAUGUGUGUGAUCAGAAAGAAAAACAUGGCUGCUUCGGCCAUUGUGAGCGACUGCCCGGAUAUGUUAGCUGCCGGUGCCCACAAGGAACCCAUGGCAACUACUCCAUACCCGGGGGCUGUGUCGCAGACACAAACACAGGUAACUUGGCCUUAAUCAUUGGUUUGUCGGCUGCAAGUGGCCCAUUCAUUCUACUUUUGGUUCUUCGCAUACUCGUAUUGUCAAGUGAUUUUAAGGAACAAAAGCUGAGGAUGUUGAGACGGAAGUUCUUUACUCAAAACCGUGGACAACUGCUGAAGCAGUUGGUAUCUCAUAGGGCAGACAUCGCAGAGAGGAUGCUCAUUUCGUUAGAAGAGCUACAGAAGGCUACCAACAAUUUCGAUCAAGCUCGCAGGCUUGGUGGUGGAAGGCAUGGCACUGUCUACAAAGGGAUCUUAUCAGACUUGCAUGUUGUGGCUAUAAAGAAGUCAAAUAUUGUUGUGAAAAGAGAAAUUGACGAGUUCAUCAAUGAAGUUGCGAUACUCUCGCAGAUCAACCACAGGAAUAUUGUAAAGCUUCGUGGGUGUUGCCUCGAGACAGAAGUCCCUUUAUUGGCAUACGAGUUCAUUUCCAAUGGAACACUUAGUGAUCAUCUUCACACGGAAGAACCAAGAUCGUUAACUUGGUAAGAUAGGUUAAGGAUCACAACCGAAACAUGCAAAGCCCUUGCAUACCUUCACUCUGCUGUUUCAGUCCCUGUAAUACAUAGAGAUAUCAAGCCUUCCAACAUACUUCUUGAUGAUGCCUUGACAGCAAAAGUGUCAGACUUUGGAGCUUCAAGGUACAU